CCUCCGGGCAGCGGCUUUGUUGACCCAAGGCAUCCCUUCAUAACCACAUUAUUGCCUACUGGAGACUUCUGCAGAGCAGCAGGGAACAGACAGGAAGCAAAGAUGAUCUCCUUCAAGCAACUGCCCCUUGAAGCAAAGGCCGCAGUGGCUGCAGGAGUGGUUUUCUUCUCCAUGAUGCUAUCGCGGAGUUAUCUGGCAGAAAAACUCGAUCUCAGGAUGCGGCGUUGGCUUGUAAGGCUGCAGACGGCAUUAUUUGUUAACGCUCUCAUGUUGAUAGGAUCUCUUCAUGUUUGGAGAAGUACAGUCACCACGUUCUCCAGGUCUUCAGCUGCCAGCUCCUUCUGCUUCAUGCCAUGGAAAAUAGCUGUGUUCAUGUUUCUAGCUUUGGCUCACUCAAGCUUCUUUACAUUGUUAUUUCUUGUUGCAGAAGAGCCAUACUUCUUUUCCUUAGCUGCCUACACUUGCCUGGGGGCCUAUAUCAUUCUUAUCUUCUUCCUCUUCACUCUAGGCUCUGUAGAGCAGGCUUACAAGUUCUUCACUGGGCGAGGCAUGAAGGUAGGCACUGGCAGCAAGAACAGAACAGUGAUGAAACCAGUUUUAGCAGUCAUGCUGACUCUUGUGCUGACUGUUGUUGGGCUGUUAAAUGCUUCCCAGCCUCCCACUGUGAAUUCAGUGGAGAUUCCAGUUCACAAGCUGCCUUCUACAAUGAAUAAUCUGAAAGUGGUGUUGCUUUCGGAUAUUCAUCUGGGGCCUACAGUUGGGAAGACCAAGCUUGCCAUGAUUGUGAGAAUGGUUAAGGCUUUAAAGCCAGAUAUCACUGUGAUCGUUGGGGACCUGACUGACUCUGAGGCAGAGAUUAUACGACCUGCUGUUGAGCCUCUUGGAGAACUUAACUCCCCUAUGGGAACUUACUUUGUCACGGGAAACCAUGAGUACUACACCUCAGAUGUUAGCAACUGGUUUGAGCUGUUGAAAUCAUUUAACAUUCGGCCGCUCCACAAUGAGAACGUGAAGAUUGUCUCACCAGAGAGUGCUGCUGACUGGUUCUGCCUGGCUGGUGUCGAUGAUAUUGAAGCAGAUGUGUUGCGCUACUCAGGACAUGGCAUGGAUUUAAAAAAAGCUCUCAGAGGUUGUAGUAGUGAGCAUGCAACUGUGCUCUUAGCCCAUCAGCCCACUGCUGCAAAGUGGGCCCUUCAGGAGAGACCAGACAUAAAUUUGAUUCUCUCUGGCCAUACUCAUGGAGGGCAGAUGUUCCCCUUAAAUGCAGGCGCGUACUUUCUGAAUCCCUUCUUUGUUGGCUUGUACAAAGUCGGGCAGAACACCUUUGUCUAUGUCAGCCCAGGGACGAUGUACUUUGGAAUACCCAUGAGGCUGGGCAGCAGAGCUGAGAUAACGGAGAUAAUUCUGCGUGCUCCUUGA